AUUAGAACGUAAUAUUUUAUUUGCUGGCUGCCUAGCAUAGGCUACGGAAAGCUUGCAUUUUUUCAACCGAUGGACGAGGUGAGGAUCUUUCUCAGGGAUGGGAACUGCCUAGCUUGCAUCCCAGCCUGGGAAAGAUAGUUUCCAUCCACUCGUCCCAUCAACAGUUUCCGGCUCUUCUUCCCCCCUGCCGUAGUCUAGUUUUCCAUGUGUAGGCCUAGGAAGAGUCGGACCUGAGACAAAAAUUGCAUUCUUUCCGUGCACUCUUGUUUUAACCGUUGAAGCGAACACAGCGCGCUCAGACAUCAAUUCGUUUCGGGAGUGUGGAUCACCAAAAUCAUCGUUUAAUGGAUUUCUUCAGCAUCUUCAUUAUGGAAAAAAUGGCCAUCAAGCUUGACGAUUUUCUCUCCAAAAAGAAAGAAGUCGCUCCAAUUUUGGAUUUAUCUAAAUGUACAGCGAAUAGCAAAGAAGAGUUGAAAAAACUCUUAGAAAAAGUGCCUGAAUUCCGCACGAGACCUGAGAAGAUAAAGCCAGAAGACAUCAAGAUUCGUGAGAAAGAUUUCACUUUUAAAACGCCGAAACGGGAGCUAAAACCUCCGAGCAUUCGCGAAUACCAAUUUGUGGACCCGGUGCCAGCUGAGAUGCGGGGAGUUCGCUUGGAGGACCUCAGCUCUGUCAACAUUCCUUGGAAAAUGCUCACAACACUGAGACCCAAGAACAAAUUGGAGGAUGAGUUUUUUUCCAGGUUGGUAGAACUGGGCAAGCUGCGACUGCAGACAGAGGAGCGUGAGAAGCGCAUCAGCGCCACCGACUUUGUGCGCAAGAUGAAGUCGAAGGCGGGCAUAGUCGAGACACGUGUCGUGUCCUGCAAGGAGUGCGGCGAGGAGUUCUGUGCCGGCGAGGCGUGUCACGAGUUCCUCUACGAGGCGUUCGUGCGCGAGGACCCGUCGUUGGCUGCUGCGGGGGCGGUGGUUGGGGGCGGCAAGGGGGCGGGAGGCGAUGACGAGGAGAAGGGGCGGGGUAGGUCCAGGAAGAAGAAACGACGCGCCAAGUCGAGGGUUGUGACUGUUAUGGGGGGCGGAGCCACCUCCUCGUCAAGGGCCAGGGACAAGAGUCGCAGUAAGAGCAAGGCAACAAGAGAUGGGAGAAAAAGCAAGAGCAGAGAUGGUCGCAAAGGUGGCUCCGGAUCGAGAGGACGGAAGUCGAGCAAAAGUAGAGACCGAAAAAGCAGCAAGAGUGGAGACAGAAGCAAAAAGAAAGUGCGAAAGAAGAAAAAGAAGAAGAAGAAA